AUGCUGCUGAUCGAUACGGCGCUGAGGGUCGGGGAGAUCGUGGUGCGCUGCGCCCUGCCCUUCACGGCCGAGUUCGCGGUCUACCUGGAUUCCCUGGACGCGGUGCUGGUCGUCUCGGUGGAGGGCUUCAUGGCGGCCUACGAAGUCCGCCUGGGGCGGCUGACGCCGCUCAGCGAGGUGCCCUUGGCCAGGCCGGCUCACCGGUCCUGGGCCAGCAGCACCCGGUCGGCCGAAUCCAACGCGCCCGACCUGACCGAUCCCGCCUCGGCGGAGCGGAUUACCGUCGUGGCGGUGAGUCCCUACGACCCCGUCCUCGCCGUCGGGACUUCCUUCGGAUUCGCCAUGCUCUUUACGAUGGCGAUGGUGAAGGAGGCUUUGGCGAGCCGCGCCGGGACGCGUUGGCGCUCUCGCUCGCCCUCAACGCCGUCGAAUAGGACGUCGCGCCCCCCUUCACAGCGUCGGGAUAGCGCCCCAGGCUAUUCCGCGAAGUCGCCCAAGAAGGCCUGUGACGCACUCGAUCGUGCAGGGGGUCGUGCCGACUUCAGGACUUCCCAGGCUGGGGGCCUGGCGAAUUUUCCUUUGAGGGGGGAGGGGGAAUCCCUCGAGGGCGAGGGGGCGGCCGACCUGGUGGAAGCCCAGGCCGCACAACAUCUGCCGCUCAUUCAGCAGGCCACGCGUGUGGAAAUAACGCCUCUGCACGGGCGCCGAAGGUGGGCGGUGUUGGAUCUCAAGUUCGCCCCGUCCGUCCUGCUUGCGGGGUUAAAGGACGGCUCGCUGAUGGCCGCCCGACUGAUCCCGGGGUCUCUCCGGCGGACUUUUGUGCAGCCGGUACCCUUCAAAGUCGAUAUCUAA